CACCAGGAAGUGCCACUUUCAGGAAGUGCAGCACACCCGGGAUCCGAAGCAGACGAGCGCAUGGUUGGGAGCAGGAGAGGACCAGCAACAGGCCUCAGUUCAGCAAGCUGGGAUGGUGCCUACAACUCCCCAGGGAAUGGGGUCCGGGGGCCCCGCAACAGAUCCAGAGAAGCGGAAGCUCAUCCAACAGCAACUUGUUCUCCUCUUGCACGCCCACAAAUGUCAGCGGCGGGAGCAGGCAAACGGUGAAGUCCGACAGUGCAACCUUCCCCACUGCCGCACGAUGAAGAAUGUCCUCAACCAUAUGAUACACUGUCAGGCCGGCAAGUCCUGUCAGGUGGCACAUUGUGCAUCUUCAAGACAAAUCAUCUCACACUGGAAGAAUUGUACAAGACAUGAUUGUCCUGUCUGCCUGCCCCUCAAAAAUAGAGGGGAUCAGCGAAAUCAGCACUCGUUAUUGAGUGGAGCUACGGUAGGACUUGGAAGUCCCGUGGACCAACAAACUACCCUCAGCCUCAACCCAACCAGUCAGAUUGAAGGAGCUUUUGCAGCCCUUGGCCUCACCUGUUAAAGGCAACCAUAUGCAAACCCAAGCUCUUCAAGUGAAGAAUCAGCCAGCAGGGCAGGCCCCCCAGGGGAUGAGCCCCAUGAAUACCAUGUAUAAGUUUGUGCGCUUUCACGCUCAUGAUCCAGCAUUUAUGAUCACUGCGUUGUCUCAUUUUCCACUUUAGAGGACCCAUCCAGGUAUAUUUCACCUUGAAAAAGACCCACCUUAUCUCAGUCCACACCAGUUUUUCACCUAGCUUCCCCAGAAAGGGGUUCUUAGUAGCAUUAAUUGUCAGCUUUCUUUUCUACUUGUCAGCCUCCAACUCUAGGUUAUUUGGUAUGUCCCUGUUCCAAGGCUAUAAUAUAGUUGAAUUUUCCUUUUUCCCACCAGACACAUUUCCUCUGUGAACAAAGUCUUCAUUCAUUCAGCUGUAUUUAUCAAGCACUUACGGUGUGCAGAGCACUGUACCAAGCAGCUGGGAGAGUCACUAACGGUUCCUUGAAAAAUGUUCUAAGGUUUUAUGUGUUUAAUUUCCUCCCUUUAGCUCAUAAACUGUAAAGAAAGCAAGAGAUUUUUUAUGUUGCUUUACCAUGUAACUUCAAAUGGCUUCUGAGGCUAUGCAUUUCUUCUGUGAAGGUCUUAUGUAGCAUCCCCUCUGGUAUAAUGGUUUUAGAUAAUUUUCUUAAAUUUUGACUUCAUAUCGCAGGGUUGAAUUUCUUUAUUAGUACCAUGUCCAUCACUUCAGGACCUCAUAUCCAAGCAGGCUCAUCUUGCCAGCCAGUGUUCUCUAAUUUCCUAAUAAUAUUUUAACCAAAAAAUCGGUUGUUGCCGAUCUGAGUAUCCUAAAUAAGAGGCUUACAGCUGUAGGUUGAUUUCUCAUUUGAGCACCUGGCAAUCUUCUAAACACAGUUGUAUUUAGGCGUCGGCCUCGUGCAAGAACAUUGUACUCGGGGAGAAAAGUAUAGGGUCAACCAGAGGAAUGUGGGUUUAUUCAUUCAUUCAAUCAUUUAUUGAGCGCUUACUGUGUGUGGAGCACUGUUCCAAGAGCUUAGGAGACUGCAAUAUAACGAUAAGCAGACACAUUCCCUGCCCACAACAAGCUUACAGUCUAGACCGGGAGAUAGAUAACAAUAUAAAUAAAUUACAGAUAUGGAAAUAAGUGCUGUGGGGCUGGGAGGGAGAUGAUUAAAAAGAGCGAGUCAGGGGGACGCAGAAGGGAAUUGUACCUGAAUGCUGACUACACAUCCUGAAGAUCCAACACACAGUUGACCUAACACUCCGAUUUGUGGCCUUACACAAAGGCACUGAGAAAUCCUAAAGAUAGUUGAAGGACCCAGGACAGGAAGUAAUUUUAUCAAUUGAUAAGAUGUACAGGGUGGUAACAAGCUGCUAAGCCCUCGAGACCCGACUGCACAUGUGCGCCUGAAAGCCAAAUGGUAUACAAGACCUCGGAAAAAUCUAGGGAGUCCUUGGGUCCAGAAAUGCUCUCGCUGACGCCAGGCAACCCGGAAUAGUGUAUGAACAGAAGAUGCGUUUGAAAACUUGGGAAUCCCUCAAGCCAGAAGGACUUGGCUACAGUAUUAUUCCUCCUUUAUACCUCUCUCUUGGUGACCUAGUCUCCUAAUUAUGUGUACAUGUAUUGACUGCAAUUGUCCUAACGAAUCCCUCUUGCAUCCUUGUAGCAGUAGUAUUAUAAAGUCAAAUGCUUGCCUAACCGAA